CUCCUUGCAGAAAAUAAUUGGUAUGAAAUACACCCAAAUCCACUACUUACUGAUACUCACUUCUCAGCACCCAAAUCGACCAUGGCGGACACAGAACAAGUGCCCAAAGAGCUUCAAAAGGUGGUGGUUCUUAGUCCACAACCAAGGGUUUUCAAUGUCUAUGGAAAAGAAUUAUCGGAAAAGUUCCAAUUGUUGAAAGCAUGGGAAUCUCCGAUGCCCACUGACCAAUUCCUCGCAACCCAUGCCAGUUCAGUGCAAGCCAUGCUCACCUCCGGCCUCACUCCCGUCCCCGCCGACGUCCUCAGCCUCCUCCCGUCUCUCAAGGUCAUCGUCACCACCAGCGCCGGCCUCAACCACAUCGACUUGCCGGAGUGCCGCCGCAGGGGAAUCUCCAUCGUCAACACUGGAACCAUCUACUCGGCCGAUGUGGCCGAUGUAGCGGUCGGACUGUUGAUUGAUGUUCUCAGAAAAAUCACGGCCAGUGAUCGGUAUGUUCGUGGUGGGCUUUGGCCGAUCCAAGGAGACUACCCUCUUGGUUCUAAGUUGGGAGGCAAGCGAGUUGGGAUUGUUGGACUGGGAAACAUUGGCAUAGAAGUUGCAAAGAGGCUUGAGGCCUUUGGCUGCAUAAUCUCAUACAAUUCAAGGAAGAAGAAACCAUCUGUGUCCUUCCCUUUUUUUCCUGAUGUGUGUGAACUCGCAACUAAUUGUGAUAUCCUUGUCAUUUGCUGUGCGUUAACUGACCAAACACGUCACAUGAUCAACAAGGAAGUCUUACUGGCAUUGGGGGAGGAGGGAGUCAUUGUUAACAUCGGACGAGGGGCUGUCAUCGAUGAGAAAGAACUCGUUCGGUGUUUGGUUGAAGGGAAGAUUGGUGGUGCUGGCUUGGAUGUGUUUGAGAAUGAGCCCAAUGUUCCUAAAGAGCUCCUUGCAAUGGAUAAUGUUGUGUUAACACCCCAUCGAUCUGUCUUUACGGAUGAAGUUUUUCUGAAUUUAUAUGAACUUAUCGUCGGGAAUUUUGAAGCUUUCUUCUCUGGUAAACCUUUACCUUCUCCUAUUGUACUGGAUGAAUGAAUGGAUUGAUUCUUCUCUUUGGAUCGGGGUUAAUUUGUCUCUCACGUGUUGUUGUUGUUGUAUUUUUUCAGUUGGCUAUUUCAUUGAACAUAUAUGAUCCUGAGUCAAUUCUUCCAAAGCAUGUCAUUCUUUACGUUCUGUAGUAGGAAAUAUGUGUACUUAUUUGAACUUAUCGUAGGGAAUUUCGAAGCUUAAUUUCUUCUAUGGUAAACCUUUACUUUCUCCUGUUGUACUGGAUGAAUGAAUGGAUUGAUUCUAAACCUUUGGAUCGAGGUUAAUUUGUCUCUCA